AUGGAGUAUAUAUCUCCAGAAGAUACAGGCCUUGCCACAGGCACGAGAAUAUUAUGUUGUCAAUGCGCUGUGCCGAUAGAAGCAAACCCUUCUAAUAUGUGUGUAGCUUGUUUAAGAGCUCAUAUAGAUAUAACAGAUGGCAUUCCAAAACAAGCUAAUCUCUUUUUUUGUAGAGGUUGUGAAAGAUAUCUACAGCCACCAGCUGAGUGGGUAGUGUGUGCAUUGGAAUCAAGAGAACUUUUAGCUCUUUGCCUUAAAAGAUUAAAAGGUUUAAGUAGAGUAAAACUCAUUGAUGCUGGCUUUGCUUGGACCGAACCCCAUUCUAAGAGAAUAAAGGUCAAAUUGACAGUCCAAGGGGAAGUUAUGGGGGGGAGCUGUGUUACAACAAACAUUUGUUGUUGA